AGAGUUACUUUAUCCCUCAUUUGCUCUAUUGUUGUUGUUCGUCACACCCAGCUGCUAUGAAGUACUUUGAGCAUCGUCAUGUAUUCAACCAUGACUGGGAAACUUGCACUUCAGCCUGGUGGGCUAAAUAUCCAAAUCCUGAUCAGCCUCACGUAAAACGGUUAGACACUGUGUAUCGGAAUAUUGAUAAGGAUAAUCAAGUACUUCAAGUUCGUCGUAUAUUCGCCUUGGAUUACCAGAUACCCGAUAUAGUCCAGAAGUUGCUACCCAAAAUGCAGGGUUAUGCUAUGGAGGAUACCACAGUUGAUCUGAAGAAGAAGAAAUUAACUGCUGUUGGACAAAACUGCACAUUCAGUAAGAUUUGUCGAUCACGAGAAGUGAUAACGUAUGAAGAGGAUCCUAAUGAUCCAUCGAAAACUAUAUAUACUCAGCGUAUGAGCUAUUCAAUCAGUGGUUUUGGGAUGACAGUAGGACGGAGAUUAGAGAAGGCCGCAACGGAUUUCUCUGCGAAGAAGGCGCAAGCUGGAGAAGCUGUGAUGUCUAAGCAUAUUGAUAGGCUAGCAGCCACUGAUUGGAGGAAUGAUACCAGCACUUGGAAGAAAAAUAUUGUUGGUAUGUUAAACUUGGAGAUAGCUCAAGGACGACUAACUGCCGUCCAAGCAUCAGAUCAGCUGAGGGGAGCAGUUGCGCGACUAACACAACCAGUAGUGGAGGAGACGAGUGCUGCGGGAAUAGACAAUACGAGGGUCCGGCAUGAGAACCUGUCCAAUAAAAGCGAGCACAGAUCCACUGAAGUGAACAUACCGGACUGUCCAGAUUUCACCGGCGCUAUAUAGAAGUAUUUGCAGCUGAUACGAUGCCGUGAUGCGGUGUGUGUGUUCCUGUUCAGUACCAGUUUCUUUGUAUAUAUAUUUCUACCUUCCUUGCUGAUGGGUGCCCACCAGGCCUACUGUGUAUUAUGACGUUUUCGAACGGCCCGAU